UCUAGCUUAGCUUGCAAAAGAAACCAUCUACUUGAGCUUCAAUACAAUCAUUCCGGUUCUCUACAAAUGGCAACCAAACUUAACCUCAUUGUUUUCUCCAUUGUUAUGUUACACCACCUUAUAUCUGUCCAAAUGCAUCCAAUACACACUGACACUAAGUCUCCUGCUCCACAAUCACAUCCACCACAGUCUCAACCCCAUCACAAUAGCUCUCAAAACGGUACUACGGAAGGCAGUCUUCAGCUCCAAGAGUGUGGGCCAAGGUGUGGACAUAGAUGCUCGAAUACACAAUACAAGAAGCCAUGUUUGUUCUUCUGCAACAAAUGUUGUACCAAGUGUUUGUGUGUGCCUCCAGGUACUUAUGGCAACAAGCAAGUCUGUCCUUGCUACAACAACUGGAAGACUAAGCUUGGUGGACCAAAAUGCCCUUGAUUUCUCCUCUUAGUUUGUUAAUAAUCUAUCUACCAUAAUGUUCUAUAUAGGUGUUGGACUA